AUGCUGCCUCUGCACAGAUUGGUUCGUGCUACAUUACAGUCCGCAUCCAUCUCCAAUCGAUCUGCGUCGCUCCAAAGUCAUCUACUCAACCCCCUUUCUCCUGCUCUCUGCACAGAACAGCCUUUCCCUCCGCCAUGCUUGCUUCGAGAGCCAGCAGCGUGUCGCGCAUCGUCGUCUCCGCCUCCAGAGUGCACGCAAGCAGAGGUGAGCGCAUGCUGCACGCAUUCCGACCCGCACAGGCAAGCGAACAUGAAUCACUGUUCGCCACUCUGCUCUCUUGACUUGCACCACUCGCACAGAGCUUCACUCGAGCGCUAGCAGAAAUGCCGUUGCGCCAUUCACAAUGCCUGCCAUGAGUCCCACCAUGACCGAAGGUGGACUGGCCACCUGGAAGGUCAAGCAGGGCCAGUCUUUCAACGCGGGCGAUGUCUUGCUAGAGAUUGUCAGUCAGCAUAGCACGAGGGCUGUCAUGCCUAUGGCAUCCAAUUAGAUGUGAUGAGAUCAGCUCACCCGCUCCACACAUGUCCCAACACACGCACGCACUUCACAGGAAACGGACAAGGCGACGAUGGAUGUUGAAGCGCCAGAGGAUGGCGUCAUGGCAAAGAUUGUGGUGGGCGAAGGAGAGAAGAAUGUGCAGGUGGGCAGAAUCAUCGCCAUGCUUGCAGAGCAAGGUGAUGACAUUUCCAACGUAGAGGUACCGUCGCAAGCCACGUCGAGCGAAGCGAUCGGGCAAUCGGAUGCCGCGUCUUCAAGCUCAAGAAGCAGUGCCGUAGAGACAAAAACACCUCAAAAGACUCCACCGCCAUCACCGUCUAGCUCUUCGCAGCAGUCGACCCAGAUCCACGCAUCCAUGGAGCACGGCGAGCGAAUCUUUCCAAGCGUUGCGCGUUUGCUGGCCGAGCAUCAUCUGAAGGCAUCAGAGGUCAAGGGGACGGGCGUCAGAGGCAUGCUCACCAAAGGUGACGUCCUGACCCACGUCGGCAUCGCCAACAACCCGAGUGGAUCUGCAAAGUCGACUUCGCUUGGCGUUGCGGCGCUCGGUGGACCUCCGAAGCAAGGUGAUAAGAAGGUGGGUCCCAGUCGAAGCUUUGAGCAUGGAUACAAGGCGAACAUCCUACUGACCUCGCGACGUGUAUUGCUCCUGCCAUCAAGGUGGGCGCGCCCGAAGGCAGCAGCGCUAGAACCGCGCCAAGUGAGCCACUGAGCGGCGCGCAAGUCAGGUCUCUAAUUCUUGGUGGUCUAGCUUCUUCCUCCAAAUCGGCCAGAGUCUCCUCCAAUUCCACCGCACCAAGCCAGGCGUCCAUCCUCGACGACUUGCUUGCCGAUUAUCACUUUUCCUCCCAACGCCCUAGCUCCUCUCAGCCUGUACCCGCUUCCGCAUCAGACAAGCCCAGGCAAGCAGCUUCGGACGCCCUUGCCGGACUAUUGUAG